AUGUACCGGGGACGAAACCAGCAGACCACACUAGACCGCGGGGCCAUCGUUACGGAGGACCGAAACACGGCAGACACUGAACACGACUUCAGGCACGCGCUUCCAAAUCGAAUUGCGUCUUAUUCCGAUUUUAACUCGGACUUCACUAUCUGCUUCAAGAAGUACAAAAAACACAACCUUUUGAGAAAAUACCCUAAAGCUGUAGAAGAAGAGAAACCGAAGGGGAAGAAACCAGUGUUGGCUGAGGGACCGACAAUACGUCUGUGGGAAAGCUGCUGCAUGAAGAAAUCUGGGCACGUCAUAGCCAUCACGGCGCUCGCUGCACUGAUGCUGUUUCUCUAUGACGGAAUGCAGGCAGCCUUCGGCGGCUAUAUCUAUUCUUACGGGAUUAAGAGCAUUGCCGACAUGAACCAGACGGAGGCUGCCUAUCUAAACGCAUGCUUUUGGGGAACAUUUGCGUUAGGUCGUCUGAUCUCCAUCCCCAUAGCAACGAAAUUAUCUCCCGGAUUUAUGCUCAUAUGCAACAUAUUCGGCUGCUUCAUGGCGAUGAUACUGAUGUUGGCGAUGAGGCACGACCACUCGAUGCUCUACGUCGGCACAUGCGGCUUCGGUCUGUUCCUGAGUAGCGUCUACCCGACAGCCAUCUCGCUCGUCGAACAGUACGUGCACGUGACGUCAUCGAUGGCCAGCGCCAUCGUCGUCGGCGCUGCUACGGGAGAGAUGAUCUUUCCCGUCAUCGUAGGACACAUGUUCGUCAACGUUGGCCCCGUGGCACUGCUACUGGCUGGCAACCUCACCUGCUUUCUCUCCGUGUUCGUCUUCAUUGCAAUGUGGCUGACGGGACAGAUAGCAUUCCGUCAUAAAGCUGCACGCUCGGGGCUCGGCUUCAUCGCCGACGUGUGCUGCCCUCAGGUGGCCGACGAGGAUGGACUCGUGCAGACGCGCGUCAAAUACUACUCGCGCAUGUCCGAGAGCAGUCUCGAUCAGAGCGUCGACAUGCCCGACUCUCCGCUGAAAGACGAGGCCCUGAACGAGCACAACGACCCGCCGCCGAUCGCAACCGACACGCGCCCGGUCGGCAACUAACUAUAGAGAGAACUCGGUGAACAGCGCUCGCUGCAUGACCA